AUGAGUAAUUGCAGAGGAGGUUGUGGUUUUUUUGGUUCUGAAGCUAACAAGGGAUAUUGUUCACAAUGUUUUAAAAAGUUGCCAUCCGAUCAAGUCACCACUGAUGAUUUUGAUCAGUGGAAGAAAGCUCAUGAGGAGAAGGUGAAAAAGAUUGAAGAGGAGAAUACAAAGAAAAGAUUGGAGGAGUUGGCAAAACAAGAAGAAUACGAAAAUCCAAGAAAGAAGAGGAAACCAAUUGUAGAGGAAAAGAAAUGGCCUCCUCUCACUAGUGAAGCCAAAUCAAUCUUGGAAACUGAAUUUAUCUUUUCACAUAUUUCACAAUAUCUCACACCUUCCGAUGUUUCAAAGUUUGGAACAACUUGUAAAUCAUUCAACAAGAUUGCAAGUGAAGAAAGUGUGUGGAAGAAUCUCUAUAUCACCAAGUAUGGCAAACAAGCUUUGCAAACAUUUGUUGGAGAUAAGAGUGUUCGUUCUGUAUGGCAGGAUCAGGCAAAGGAAAUUAGCAGCACAUCUAGGAUGAGGGAUUGUUCAUUGGCUGAAUUUGAAAAGAAACCAUACCUCUUGGAACCUUCUUUUUUUCAAAAGGUUUCAGUUUUGGCUCCAAUUGAUCAAGUCAACUCACCUUGGUCCCAUUUGAAAGGCAAGACAGUUCCACAAAUAAUUGAGGAAAUUUGGAAACCAAUUGCCUCUGAGGUACCGGAUCUUAUUGAGCUUUUAGUUGAAAAAGUCAAAUCACUGUAUGUAACUAGAGAAAAGAGUGAGGACGAAACUUGGUAUCUUCUCUAUAUUCUCAAUGAAAAAAAGCUCGAAUUCUUCUCUGCGGAACCGCCACUCAAGAAUUCAGAAGAAUUCGAAGUUGAUGGUUGGGGAAAAAUUCCAACCUCGUUAGCAAAAUUCUAUACUGUUAACAAUGGGUUAACAACUUUUGGAAUAAGAUUAGAUUCUUGGGAGUCUGGCAUUUUCAGAUCAGAAUUCUUGACACCCAUGGAUUCAGGUGAGGAUAUGGAGAAAGAGGUACUCCAAUUUAACAAUGAUGGAGCUGGUAAUGGCCAAUCCUUUAUUAGAGAUUCAGGUAGCUCUGAUAAGGAUCCAUUUACAGGAGAUUUUGAUCAUGAAAAUCCUUUUGAACUAGAUGGUAGUUUAUCAUUUUUCGAAUUUGUGGAGGAAUUUAUUGUUCGUGCCAUUGAGGAAUAA